AUGGCACAGCGAACGAUUCAGCUGGAUCAAGAAAAAUUGAGCUGUUCCAUCUGUCUGCAACUUUUAAAGCUUCCAGUCACUAUUCCCUGUGGGCACAGCUACUGCAUGGACUGUAUCAAAAACUACUGGGAUGAGAAGGAAACACACAGCUGCCCUCAGUGCAGAGAGAUUUUCACACCGCAGCCUGUUCUGGUGAAGAACACCAUGUUAGCUGAGUUACUGGAGGACCUAAAGAAAGCAGAACAUCUGACAGCUUCACCUGAUCAUGCCUAUGCUGGACCUGGAGAUGUGGCCUGUUCUGGGAGGAAGCGGAAAGCCUCCAAGUCCUGCCUGGUGUGUAUGGCCUUUUACUGUGAGCAUCACCUGCAGCCUCACUACAACGUAGCUCCAAUAAAGAGACACAAGAUCAUCAAAGCCACUUCAAAGCUUCAGGAGAACAUCUGCCCUCGCCACGAUGAGGAGAUGAAGAUCUUCUGCCGCACUGAUCAGCAGUGUGUCUGUUGUCUCUGCUUAAUGGAUGAACACAAAGACCACGUCACAGUGUCACCUGCAGCAGAAAGAGCUGAGAAGCAGAAAAGGCUUGGAAGAAAUCGACAAAAAUUUCUUCAAAGAAUUCAGGAAAGAGAGAAAGAUGUGAAGAUGCUUCAUCGAAGAGGGGAGGCUAUCAAUCUUUCUGCUGAUAAAGCUUUCAGAGAAUGUGAUAAGGCUUUCAAAGAUUUGAUCAGUCUCAUUGAGAAAAAAAGCUCUGAAGGGAAGCAGAAGAUCAGAUCCAAACAAAAAUCUGAACAGAACAGAGUCAAAGAGCUUCAGGAGAAAAUAGAGCAGGAGAUCAGAGAUCUGAGGAGGAGACCAACUAGCCUGCAAAUAUUGCAGAAAGACUGGAAACACGUACAAAUACAUCUUAUUCAAAUACAUGAAAAUUUCAGUAGUCAUCUGAGUGCAUCUACAAAUGUACCCACCUGCAACAAUCUUACUCUGCAGUACUUUGAGAAUGUGACUGCAUCUGUGUCACAGACCAGAGAUAAAGUGAAGGCUCUUCUCAGUGAUGAAUGGCCCAAAAUCUCAGUUGGAACGACCAAAGCUGAUAUUUUACUGCCUCAAGGAGAACCCAAAACCAGAGACGAAUUUUUGAAAUAUUCUUGUCAGAUCACUCUGGAUCCAAAUACAGCA